AUGUUCUUCCUCGCCAUCACCACCCAGCCCGAGCUCAACACUCCGUGCAGGAAGUCCCUCCAGGCGCAUCUGCAGGCAUCACCUGUGCGUCCUCGCAUCACUGCAAACGUCUUCUCCCUCUGCAACCCCCCCGCAAACGCCUCCUCCUCCUCCUCCGCCUCUUCCUCCUCUCGUCGCAGUCUGCUUCCUCUGGUGGCUGUCGACCCGCCAAGCAACAAGUGCCCCGUGGUGUGGGUGCAGGACGUUGAUCGACUUCAGAACGUCUCUCGCCUGGCCAAGGCCUGCUCCUCUGCAGAUACAGCCUGCUCCAGAUGCGCCUCCACCCUGUCCGCCGCAGCUGCGGCCCUGGCUCGCUACAGCCCGGCUGUAGUGGCUCGCACAGCAGCGAGGGGAAGUGGGGGAAGUGCGGGUAACGCAACCAUGGCGGCUGGUGGAACCACCACUGCACCGUCUGAAGCGGUCAUGAACGACUGUGCCCGAGUGACAUUCGUGAGGGUUGCCCAGGCCCAGAGCUGGCGAGCGGCACCAGGGCUUGUAACUCUGCAGCUAGACUGCCCCAUUGUGUAG